AUGACUAAACGUGGAUUCUACGAGGAUGAUGAUCUUGUUGUAAACAAGCCAGGUUUCAAUGCUGAAAUAACAAAAGAAUUGAAAGAACAAGAAUCUUCACAUGGGAAUGUUUCCUUCAUUCAAGGUAUGAGCAUUAGAACAACUCCAAUUUUGGAAGAAUAUACCAACAUUGCUAGACAUUAUUUACAUGAAAAAUGGUCUUAUUAUGGUGCUGAGUUAGAAACCCAAAAGUCUGCCUUGUCCAAUGAAGUGACUUCUGUCAAACAAGAGAUUCGUUCCGUUGUAAGGGAACCAGUGUUACCUAAUUUGAUUUAUGUUUUAACUGCUACCCUUUCUGGUUCUAUUCUAGUAAAUAGAAGAGCCUUACCAGUCAGAUUCAUAACCCCUCUUUUAUUUGGUGGAGCUUCUUUAUCCUACUUUAUGCCAAAGACAUUUUCCGAAAUUUCAUCAUGUAUUGAUUCAUAUGAAGCAAAGCAUCUUCCAGAAGUUCGUUCCUUGCAAACUGAUCUUAAGAAACAAUACCAAGAGGCAGAAAGGGCCACUGAUCAACAACUUGAUUGUGCAAAGAAAACACUCACCUCUGCUGUGCAUGAUGCAAGAGUGUUUGUUGCCCAAUUAUUAUCUGAACCUAAAAAGUAA